GAGAGAAGCACGAUGGCUCAGUUCAGAUGGAUUAUAAUGUCUUCAUUUCUGAUGCUGCUGUUUCAGUUCAGAGAAACAGCUGGGAAAUAUUCCAAAUUUACUGUCAGAGCUGGAGAUGGAAUCACUUUGUCUUGUGGACAUGUAAUAGAUGAUCAGGAGAAGUGUGGCAGUAUUAGCUGGGCCUUCAGUGGCAUAAGAACCAUAAUGACACUGUUUGAACAUGGGAAAAUAAAUAAAGAAGCCGAAGCUAAAUCAGACAGACUGAGUGUUAGAGAGAACUGUUCUCUGGUUAUAAAGAAUGUCACAGAUGAGGAUGUUGGUCGUUACACCUGCAGACAGUUCAGAUCAGGAGAGAAACAACAGGGUGGAGACACUGUUGAUCUGUCUGUUGUUACCACGACUGAAGAGAAGAACGAUGAUAUAGUGACCUUAAACUGCUCUGUGUUGGGAUAUAAUUCAGGGUGUAGACACUCAGUGAAGUGGCUGUAUGAGGGUGAUAAGAAUGACGUGAAGACAACACAGCAUUCCUGUUCAGCCACUGCGACAUUUACAACAUCUCACCUUAAUCAGAAGUCAGAGUAUUACGAGUUAUUGAAGUGUGAAGUGACAGAGGAUUCCUCAGGAGAGAAACCAGGCUGGAGGUGGAAGUGGGGGCUGCUGAUCGUUGUGGCUGUUGCAGCUCUCUUAAUAAUCACUGUGGCUGUCCUCAGAUGGAGGAGCGCUAAAGGGAAAAAACAAAUUACAAAUAAGGACAUGGCUGAUCCUGAAGGUGGUGUUUCCUACGCCUCCAUCAGCUACACCAAGAAGACCAACAGGAGAGCCCAGACCCAUGUUGAUGAUGAUGAUGAUGAUGCAGUGACAUAUAGUGUUAUGAAAGCCUCCUCCUCUUCUGCUGCAGCCUGUGCUGAUCCCAGCGACCUCUACGCUACCGUCAACAAACCAAAACAAUAAGAUGUUGUGUUUUAUAACAAUGACUGUUUGGAUCAUAGAUUUAGAAAUGUCAAGGUCAAAGCAAGCAGAGUUAUUAUAAGAUUGAUCCUAAAAGUUGGUCACAUUGUUUCUUUUCUUGUCUUAAUUGCAGCAAAGUGAGAAUCCAGCACCAGCUCUAUAACACAUGUAGCCAGUGAGAGAGUAGAGACUCCCUCUAGAGGCAGACAUAUAUUCUGUAUUCUUAGUACUCUGACCCAGCAUGGGCAGAAUGAAGGUUUGGUAUAAUUAAAUAUUGUCUGUAUUGUUAUACCAAUAAAGUGAAUAUUGCUUUUGUUCAGUUAAUCUUAUUGUUUUAUGCUUUGCUUUAUUCAAUACAUGAUUAGUCCCACAAUAUU